UCAGUAGUAGGCUGAUAGGAGGUAAUUGGAUAAUUAUAUUUCACCUAUCCGAGACGCUGGUGAGUGAAUUGUUAUAUAAGAAGAAACCGAAAUAAGGACUCUAUGCACAUUACAGAAUGAUACUAGAUCCUUAAGCGUUACUUGCGGGGCCGUGAGCGAAAUCUGUGGCGUACAAGAAGUCACGGUGUACAGAAUAAAUGUCCUCCUACGUCUUACAGGCGUGAGGAAGUGGACUCGUAUACGUAGUGCAGGAACAGUUGAACACAACUAGUGGAGGUGCGUGUUAAUGUGCAAAUCUUUACCCAAGGUUUUCCUGUCCAAAGGAUUUUAUACUUGUGACGUUUUUCCUCAAAUAUUUCUUCAUUCUGCAUAAUCUCAUUGCACUGUGAGAGUCGACAUGGAAUGAAGGGAGAGCCAUUGCUACUGUUCGGAUGUUUGUGGCAUACCCCGCUGUGUGUAUCAGUGGAUACCUUGCACCAGAACGACCGACUUGUCUUUGAAACGCUGAAAUGAGCGACUGGAUGCGAUGAGUUAGCGACGAGCGCUUGGCGGAUGACUGGUGGAUGUACCCUUAGAUGAAUGCAUCAUAUGCAAAUCCAACAAGUUUAUAUUAUUCUCAAAAGGAACCAUACACUAUGACUUCUUUCAACAACGGUUCUCAUACAGUUGGUUGAGAAGUAAAAAGGACGAGGACAUCUGACUCUGAACGCGUUAUUCAGAUGUAGCUUUUGGGAUGUGUUUGUGGAAGGCGCUGUGGGUCUUGUAUCAACUAGGUUUCGAAAGGAAUUGCUUAGAAACACAGAAGUGAUUUGUUAAAAUGUACCUUUUCUUUUUGAUGUUCUCAAACAUGCCUAACCCGGAGAAGCAUUCCUGAGGACGUAACAACAUUUAAAGGAAAUAAGCGUCUUGAAAUCCGCACUGGGCUGUGAGUAGAAACCUAAUCAGAUUCUCCGCGUUUAGGGCGAAGAGAGGGAGAAGAAAAGUUCCAUCUUAACCCAUUACGAUGGAAUAAAAUAUCCACAAUCAUUUACAUUUAUGUUCUGAUGAAGAAUACGACGGGAUAUGCAGAGAACAGUCGGUCUCAGGAAUAAGACUAAAAUGUUUUGAUUGUGUGUGAAAACAACAAUGCAGAUAAUUAAGUAAAGCGAGUGAAGACCGGGACAUCAGCCAAGGAAAAACUGAAUUAAUUUCGAUUCAAUGUUAGAUGAAAAAGAAAUAGCUAUAGAUGCAACGAUGGAUAGAAAGAUGUCCGGUUAACACGGCAAGGUUUCGCACGGCAUCGAAAUCUCGUCUAGAGGCACCUGUGCGUGUCAGUUUUAUGUCUAAUGGAGAAAGUAUACUGAACAGAUUAUGGAUACACAUAUUUCAGCUCUAAACAUUUCAUGAUUUCAGAGCUGGUUGAAGGAAUUUCUGAAGGAAUUUCCGAAAACGCGGUGUGAGCUCAAUGAAUAGCCUCAGACCUACACGUUAAAGAACUGUUCCCUUGGAUCGUGCAAAAUUGCAUGAAAAUUGCGGAUGGAGUUUCGGUGCAGUUGUCGUGGGGAGGGAGCUGACGGUCACGCUCCCUAUAUUUGACUCCAAUUUGAGCUACUUCUGUAUUUGAGCUUCGAGAAAAGACCAGCCACAGAGUGAAACUAAGUGUGAAGAUGUUCCGAAACUGCUGGCACUGUGGAUAACUUGGCAGCUUGCCCAUUACAACACACCCCUAAGAGUGGACCACCAGCUUACGAAUUAUGAAUGUUGUGCAAGAUGACCUUCUCCCCACAGCAGCAGAUGAUGAGAGGUCCUAGGUGGAAUCGAGCCUUGUCCGACCCAUUGUUUGUGCUGUUGCUGGCCUUGCACCUUCUAGUGGUGGCUGGCUUGGUUAGAGCUCAGACCUGCCCAUCUGUCUGUUCUUGUAGUAAUCAGUUCAGUAAAGUCAUCUGCACACGCCGUGGCCUGCGAGACGUGCCGGAUGGCAUCUCCACGAACACCCGCUACCUGAACCUCCAAGAGAACCUAAUCCAGGUGAUCAAGGUGGACAGCUUCAAGCAUCUACGGCACCUGGAAAUUCUGCAGCUCAGCAAGAACCACAUCCGUAGCAUUGAGAUUGGAGCCUUUAAUGGGCUGGCCAGUCUAAACACACUGGAACUCUUUGAUAACAGGUUAACUACAAUCCCAAAUGGAGCUUUUGAAUAUCUUUCAAAGUUAAAGGAGUUAUGGCUAAGAAACAAUCCCAUUGAGAGCAUACCAUCUUAUGCCUUCAACCGAGUGCCCUCAUUGCGAAGACUGGACUUGGGUGAGCUGAAAAGGCUUUCAUAUAUUUCUGAAGGUGCUUUUGAAGGCUUGAGCAACUUGCGCUACCUGAACCUUGGUAUGUGCAACCUGAAAGAGAUCCCAAACCUCAUCCCUCUGGUACGUUUGGAUGAGCUGGAGAUGUCAGGAAAUCAGAUCUCAAUUAUCCGACCAGGGUCUUUCAAAGGCCUCGUUCAUUUACAGAAACUGUGGAUGAUGCAUUCUCAGAUCCAGACAAUUGAGAGAAAUGCUUUUGAUGAUCUUCAGUCACUUGUGGAGCUGAAUCUGGCUCACAAUAACCUUACUCUGCUCCCUCAUGACCUCUUUACACCACUGCACCACUUGGAGAGGGUGCACUUGCAUCACAACCCAUGGAACUGCAACUGUGACAUCCUUUGGCUCAGCUGGUGGCUAAAAGAAAUGGUACCAGCCAACACCAGUUGCUGUGCUCGUUGCAGUACCCCUACCAACCAUAAGGGGCGAUACAUUGGUGAGCUGGAUCAGAACUAUUUUCACUGUUAUGCACCUGUUAUUGUAGAGCCCCCUGCUGAUCUAAAUGUGACGGAGGGCAUGGCUGCAGAGCUGAAAUGCCGGGCAAAUUCACUGACUUCAGUAAGCUGGAUUACACCCAAUGGAUCUAUCAUGACACAUGGAGCAUACAAAGUGCGCAUUUCUGUCCUUAAUGAUGGGACAUUGAACUUUACAAAUGUCACAAUGCAGGACACAGGGACAUAUACAUGUAUGGUUAGCAACUCAGCAGGCAAUACCACAGCCUCUGCUACACUAAAUGUAUCCUCAACAGAAAACAGCAGCUUCAGUUACUUUACCACAGUGACAGUGGAGACAAUUGAGCCAUCACAUGAUGAAGGACACACUGUCGUACAGCAAAAGGUGGGUCCUACUCCUUCUUCUGGGGUAUGGGAGACAACUUCUGCCCCUUCACCCAUCACAACCACCACAGCACGGAUGCCACUUUCCACCAAGGUCACGGAUAAAACCUAUACUAUCCCAGUUACAGCACUGGGUGAUGGCUCCCUCAACACCCUGGAUGAGGUGAUGAAAACCACCAAGAUCAUCAUUGGAUGCUUUGUGGCCAUUACUCUCAUGGCAGCAGUUAUGCUGAUCAUCUUCUACAAAAUGCGCAAACAGCAUCACCAGCAGAACCACCAUGCACCAACACGAACCAUCGAGAUCAUUAAUGUGGAUGAGGAUUGUGUGACUGGUGGGCCAACAAUGGAGGGUCACCUGACUCUACCACCUCUUGAGCAUGAGCAUCUUAACCACUACAACACCUACAAGACAGCAUACAAUCAUGCCUCCACCAUCAACUCCAUACACAGCUCCGCACAUGAACCUUUGCUUAUUCGAGCCAGUUCAAAAGACAAUGUACAAGAGACCCAGAUCUGAACACUUUUUCAUAAUGGGAAUUAAAAAGAGAAAAGAACUUUAACAAACUCUAAAGGAACACUAUAUGACAUUUUGAAUAUUAAGAAGACGGCUCAAUGAACUAAAGACAUGGCAGAACUAUGUGCAACAAAUAAGCGAAUGAUGAAGGCUAUUAAAUGACAUUGGGAACUAGGGUAUGUUAAUGGAUUCAAAGUGUCUUUAAUUAAUAGAAGUUAUUUAUUUAAGAAAAAAAAACUAUUGUGGUUUAUUCAAGAAAAAAAUGUAUUCUGCAAUUAUUUUUUC